AUGGGUUCUCUUUCCCUUAUCUUGUCAGUUUUAGAAUACCAUCUCAAGACAAGCAUCCAAACAAACAAAUUCACAACCUUCUCAACUCAAGUAAUGGUAGAAGAACAAAAUUUUUCAACUACUGAACUUAAUCAAGAAUCACAAGACAACAAUGUCAAAUAUUUAACAGAAGGUGGGAACGCCGCAUUCCACAACUACAUCAAUGAUUUUGCUCACAUUGAAGAUCCAUUGGAAAGAAGAAGAUUGGCUUUACAAAAAAUUGACGAAACUGCAUUUGGCUGGUCCCAAAUUAGAACAAUCUUAAUCGCUGGGGUUGGGUUCCUUACUGACUCCUACGAUAUUUUCGCCAUUAAUUUAGGUAUUACUAUGAUGUCAUAUGUUCAUUGGAAGGGUAAUAUGCCUGCAUCUACUGCUACUUUAUUAAAAGUUUCCACAUCUGUGGGGACCGUCAUUGGUCAAGUUGGUUUUGGAACAAUGGCUGAUGUCAUUGGUCGUAAGAAAAUCUAUGGGAUGGAAUUAAUCUUAAUGAUUAUUACUACCAUUUUACAAUGUACUACAGGUUCAUCUCCAGGGAUCAAUUUUGUCGCUGUGCUGACAUUUUAUCGUAUUCUUAUGGGUAUCGGUAUCGGUGGUGAUUAUCCACUUUCUUCCAUCAUUACUUCUGAAUUCUCAACUACCAAAUGGAGAGGUGCCAUCAUGGGUGCUGUUUUUGCUAAUCAAGCUUGGGGUCAAAUUCUUGGUGGGAUCAUUGCUUUAGUUUUGGUCGCUGCAUACAAAUCAUCAUUAAUUGACGCCAAUACUGGUGCUGAAUGUGGUUAUGAAUGUAUGAAAGCUUGUGAUCAAAUGUGGAGAAUAUUAAUUGGUCUAGGUGCUGUACCAGGUGUCAUUGGUCUUUACUUCAGAUUAACCAUCCCUGAAUCUCCAAGAUAUUCCCUAGACGUGGAUGCUGAUUUGGAUUCCAUUGAAGUCACCAAGGUUACCGAUAAUGUGAUGGAAGAAAAAUUAGGUGACUCUGCAUCUUUGGAAAGAGCAAAUACUAUGGUGGAACGUAUUGAAAUUCAACCACCAAAAGUUUCAUUUAAAGACUUCUGCCACCAUUUUGGUCAAUGGAAGUAUGGGAAAAUCCUAUUGGGGACCGCCGGUUGUUGGUUCACGUUAGAUGUUGCCUUUUACGGGUUAAGUUUAAAUACUGCUGUCAUCUUACAAACCAUUGGAUAUGCUGGUUCUUCCAAUGUUUACAAGAAAUUAUAUGAUUCUGCAGUUGGUAAUUUGAUUUUAAUUUGUGCUGGUUCAUUGCCAGGUUAUUGGGCUUCUGUAUUUACCAUUGACACCAUUGGUAGAAAACCAAUCCAAAUGUUCGGUUUCAUCAUCCUAACUAUAUUGUUCUGUGUCAUUGGGUUCGCAUACCACAAGAUUAGUGGUCAUGGAUUGUUAGGAUUAUACGUCAUUUGUCAAUUCUUCCAAAAUUUUGGUCCAAAUGUAACCACAUUUAUUGUCCCCGGUGAAUGUUUCCCAACAAGAUACAGAUCCACUGCUCAUGGUAUUUCCGCCGCUUCAGGUAAAAUUGGUGCCAUUAUUGCUCAAACUGCAUUGGGUACUUUAAUUAAUCAUAAUUGUGCAAGAGAUGGUAAGAAGGCUAAUUGUUGGUUACCUCAUGUGAUGCAAAUUUUCGCUCUAUUUAUGCUACUUGGUAUCUUCCUUACAUUAUUGAUCCCAGAAACAAAACGUAUGACGUUGGAAGAAAUCAGUGAAAAAUACCAUGAUGAAAUUGACCCAUCUAAAUAUGUAGUGAAAAAUAAUGAAAACGAUAACGAAUCUAACUCAAUAUCGGGUGAGGGCAAUGGAUCAUUUGUGGUCACUCGCAGAGAAGAAGUGUAA